AAAAAACUUGCAAUUCAUGGCAUGGAGGAGUCGGAGGGGGUCGAGCAGCAGCAGCUCGUGAUCUGAACCCAGCUCUCAUCGAGCCGAAGCGCGGCCUCGUCCGAGCCGCUCCAGCGCCGUCCUCGUGGGCCGUCAGCGGGGUUUUUGUGUAGUUUGGGUGGCGAGAGUCAAAGCAAAUUGUACCCGUGUGUGUGUCGUGCGUGUGCGUGUCGUGCGGUUUCCAGAGGAAAACAAACAUCCAGCUCACGCUGCUGCGAUUCAGAUGCCUUCCACUUUGAGCGAGAGGGACAGCCCCUAACCCCCCCCCCCUCCGUUUUUUUUUUACACGAGGGACCGACACACACACCACACAGACAUCUCCGUCAUCUUUCACUUCAUGGAAAAAGGACUCUGUUAAAAAAGAAAAGGGUGCUCGGACAACCGACGGGGGAUCAUGGCAGCUACUUUAUCGGCGGAGGAAGAACAGGCCACCAGGCAGUUUCUGGAGGAAAUCAACAAGUGGACCAGUCAGCAUGGAGUGUCGCCGCUCUCCAGGGAAUUGGCCGUCAAGUUCCUCAUGGCGCGCAAGUUCGACGUCCUCCGAGCCAUCGAGCUGUUCCACAGCUACCGGGAAACGCGUCUUAAAGAAGGAAUCGUCAGGCUGCAGCCGCAGGAGGAGCCUCUGCGCUCCGAGCUGCUCAGCGGAAAGUUCACCGUCCUGAGCGCACGCGACCCUUCGGGGGCCUCCAUCGCCUUGUACACGGCCAAACUGCACCACCCCAACAAGACGGGCAACCACGUGGUGCUUCAGGCCCUCUUCUACCUCCUGGACCGGGCCGUGGAAAGCUUUGAGACCCAAAGGAACGGCCUGGUGUUCAUCUACGACAUGGCGGGCUCCAACUACACCAACUUUGAGCUGGACCUGAGCAAGAAGAUCCUCAACCUGCUCAAGGGGGCGUUCCCCGCCAGGCUGAAGAAGGUGCUGAUCGUCGGGGCCCCCGUUUGGUUUCGAGUGCCGUACAAUCUGCUCAGCCUGCUCCUCAAGGAGAAACUGCGGGAGAGGGUUCAGAUGGUGAAAACGGCCGAGCUGCGCCAACACCUCCCCAGGGACUGCCUCCCCGAGCACCUGGGCGGCCUGCUGCCCCUGGAGUCGUACAGCUGGAACCAGCAGCUCCUGGCGGGCCAGAACGGGCGCGUGGACCCGGUGGACGAGCUGGUGGGGAUCCCCGUGGAGGACUCCUCCGUCCACGUGCCGGGACCCGAGUCCAUGCGGCCCCAGGAGCUGCUGGCGCUCCUCGGCCGGCUGCAGCGCUCGGGCGUCCACCAGGAGUACGAGGAGCUCCGCAAGGAGGCGCCGCCGGGGAGCUUCCACUGCGCGCAAUUAGCUUACAACCAGGAGAGGAACCGCUAUGGAGACGUGCUGUGCCUCGAUCAAACGCGGGUUCGUUUGAAAGCCAGGAGGAACGAGAGAUCCGACUACAUCAAUGCAAGCUUCAUGGACGGCUACAAACAGAGGAACGCUUACAUCGGUACUCAAGGACCUCUGGAAAAGACCUACGGGGAUUUCUGGAGAAUGGUCUGGGAACAAAACGUGCUUAUUAUUGUCAUGACAACCAGGACCGAUGAGGGCAGUCGGAGGAAGUGUGGUCAGUAUUGGCCUCUGGAGGAGGGGGGGCAGGAGGUCUACGGCCACAUGGCAGUGGUUAGCCAGAGGGUGGACCACCACACCCACUACAACCACACCACCCUGGAGCUGCACAACACUGAGACAUGUGAGCAGAGACAAGUGAGUCACUUCCAGUACCUCAGCUGGCCCGACUACGGCGUUCCCACCUCAGCGGUGACUCUCAUCGACUUCCUGGGAGCUGUGAAGAGGCAACAGAGGAAGAUGGUGAAGAGUUUGGGGCUCCAGUGGGCGGGCCACCCCCAGGGCCCCCCAGUGGUGGUGCACUGCAGUGCGGGGAUCGGGAGAACAGGUACCUUCUGUGCCCUGGACAUCUGCCUGUCCCAGCUACAGGACGUGGGCUCGCUCAACGUCUGCCAGACGGUGCGGCGCAUGAGAACCCAGCGGGCCUUCAGCAUCCAGACCCCGGACCAGUACUACUUCUGCUACAACGCCAUCCUGGAGCACGCCCAGAGGCAGGGCCUGCUCCCGGCCAAUCAGUGAGCCUCAGCCCCCCCCCCCCCCCCCCCCCGACCUCCACCCCCACAGUCCCUCCCAGAUUUAAUCCAUGAGCCCAGAGAUUUGAAGUGUCCAGUUGUCGAAACCCGGGAGGUUGAACUAGAGCCUUCAGGGGCGGGACGAGAAAAUGGGAACAUCUCAGACGACGCGUGAGCAAAGUGCUCCUGGUCCGUGGUCGAGGUGAUGUUCAUUAACCUUUUUCUGUAUAUUUAUUUUCCACUUUUUAACCGACUGUUUAGGGGACCUUAAAGGAAUUGUUCACCCCAAAAUAAAAAAAAUUAACAAUCGUCAUAUUGGUUCAAACCCUAUUCAACUUUGUAAAUAAAUGGGACUAUAACUAACCAAUCAUUUGAUUGGCCAAUAGUUCUAACUACAGAACACACACAGGCAACUUAAUAAAACUUAUUUCAAUAGUUGGAACCACAGUAGAAAGAGUGUCAUUUUUUUCUUCCACGAUACAUUUAGAAAUUCUACAGCACCAUUUGCUGCAGUUAUUUCCACUAUAAAUGAAGCAAGUUACUCACAACAUUUUUUUCAUUUUGGGGUGGCAUGAUCCUUUAAAUGACUAUGCCAUUUUUGUUCCUAAUAGGGAGCUUGAUCUCCACUGCCAUGCAACAGAAAUGACUUUGUCAAUGUGGAUUAAUAGUUUUCAGCCUUUCCAGGAAGCCGUGAGUAGUGGCGUCUCGGCACCUGCUUCAUGUCACGUAGAAGGUACGAGCCAGUCUCACAUGGAAGUGAAAAAGCUCAACUCAAAGUCUUUAGCCAAGAAGUUAUUGUAUUCCUUUUUUGAAGUUGCAUUCCCCUCUGCCUUAGAAAAAAAAAAACUCACUAAAAAGGGGGUAAAGCACAUCCAAAAUGGCCGUUACAUCCCCACUGUGAUCCCUCGUUAAAUUGCUGAGCUUUUCUUUCUUUUUUUUUCUUCUUUUUCUCAUCUACUGCCCUUCCAUCCGACUAAAUGCACAUGUUGAAACUCCCACACAAUGACGAGUGUCUUCUUUCUGCUCGUCAUGCUUCAGUGGUUGUGGGAAUGUAUCUCACACACGUCUGCAGUGACUUCGCCAUCGAAGCGGACGACCGUGGAAGUUAAGACCGCACGAGUAGUGCAAUGCUUGUUUUUUUUUUUUUUUUUUAGGGGUUUUCACGUCUUUGGAUGUUUUUAAAUAGCGAUUCCCAAUGUGCUCUGAGACCAGUUGCCAUGGUGAUAGGAAGGCGCGACGCUUAAAACGUGAUUCUGUGGGUCCACAUGCGAACUUGCUUGUUAAAUUUAGUGAUGCUGAGAUGUGAGGCGUUUUGGGAUUCAGUGUAAAACUUCUGCAUCUUACAGGGAAGCCUGACUUUAACCACGGAGGCGUCCACAAAUCCGUGCCUACAACCAAGGGUCCUUCUUGGACACUUGAGAGUCCAACAUUUUGUCUAAAGUAUUUUUUUUUCCAUUAUUAUUGUGUUACUUUUAGUUCUACAGACUGUGGUUGCAAUCAGUGCUUUCAUCUGGUCCCAGUAUCUCGUGAUUAUUAUAGUGUACACGUACAAAACCUGAGUGUCUAUGUGUCCUACGUCGCAUUAUGUUGUUGCCGGGUGAAACAAAAAAAGUGUGUUCUUUGCUGCAGAAUUCAUAUUGAAUUUGCUUGUGGUGAAGCUUUUUUAAGUCUGCCAUCAUCAUGCACUCUGAUUUUUAGAUUUUUUUUUUUCUUUCAACGAGGGACUCAAAAUGUGCCCUUUUUAUUUUUCUAUUAUAUUCAACUACUGUUUUCAUAAGAUUACCCAGGAUAUACAGUUAUCUACAUUAAUUUUAUAUUUGUGCUAUUAUAACCUAUUUUAUCAUUCAUGAUUAUUGAAUCAAGCUAUACUGUAUUAAAUACAAACUGUCAACGUAUACAUUUGUAAAGCUGUUUUUAUUUGCUUAGUAAGCUAUUUUUAAUUUAAUGUUACCCGUUUUUGGUAUUUUCAAUUUGUCAAUUGCAGUUUGACAUUUAUAAGCUGGAUAUGAAUUAAAAAGUCCCACAUCUGUUC